CGACCCAUUCUUCCAACCAGAUCGCCGACCACCUCCCUUGAUUUUGCAGCCACCAGUCACAACAAGCCAGCCACCUCACCCCUCACCCGCGCGUGCCUCCAACGCUCGAUACAAAGCUCCGUGUGCCUCGACCUCCUGCUCCACGCGAGCCGAGCCGUCGCACGCGUCCGUCGCACGCAGCUCCCCGCGUUCAUCGCCCGCAGCUAGGACUGUGCCGCCCUGCUCCUCCUCUUUUCGUAUUCCUCCUUCCCCUCACUCUGAUCCUCUCUCUGCCUCAUCUCGCGGGGGGUCGAGCCGACAUGGAGCAGCAGUCGCAACACGCCAAGGUCGUCCCUGUCAUGGUCGUCCGAGGGAAGCAUGCCGCACGCGUCGUCAGCCCCGAGCGCCGCUGGGAGCUCCUUGCUCGCGUGUCCUCAGCCGCUGGAUCCGGUCCCAUCGGACCUCCCCUGCAGCUGUCUCCAGCGCUGCACUGAACUUCUCCAGCCUACUCUGCUUCGUCCAUGGAGCUCGAGGUUCCAUCGCGGCCGGCCUCUGCAGGCGCCUUUACCCCAACGCCUUCUAGGAGCUCCAGGUUCCGUAGUGGCUUCAAUGGAGCACCCUGCCGUGGGACCGUGCCCCAACUUCGAGUGGAUUCGAAGCCCUGCGAAUGGAUCCGCGACCCGCGCCCCUUGCAGCCUCGCCGGAGAUGGCCUCCCCCGUCGCAACCCUGUCCGCCAUGGCGAUCGAGCAACCCCAGUCACAGCAAAAGAACGAGCCGUCUGAUUCUUUUAUUUCAGAUUUUUUUUCAGCCAGCGACAUGCUAUGCUUCUUCUAGCUAAGUGUGCAUCUUUUAUCAAUUCAAGCCGUACCCCAGCUAGUCCGCGCAUUGGUUUAGAACCAGGGGAUUGCGGGUUUGCAUCCCCACAUAUGUUGUGUAGACCCAUGGAACCAACCCAAGUGGUCAAUGCACAGUGCUAGCACCGCGAGGUCCAGGGAUCAAAUCCCCACAGCCUCUCUUUUAUUUUCACCCGUGCAUUUGUUUUCCUGUUGUAUUCAUGGUAUAAUAUCUUGUGUUGCUCGUA